CGCCGCAUUCGCGGCGCAUGCGCGAAAAAAUCGCCCGGCCUACCAUCACUGCAGCAGUGCAACUGAAAAGAACAGACCCACUGGAUAUACUAUGCCUAUGCGUCCGCUGAAGUGGGCUGGCCACUCUCAGAUUUUUCCCUGAUAUCCACAUGUAUUUUUGAAUAAUAUUAAAAAUGAACAUAAAAGAAACAUUUGAAGUGGAAUGCAAGCAUGGAGCAUUUUAUACCGGUGGCGAUAUACAAUGGAGUGCAGAUGCGGCGUAUUUAUUCUGUCAAAAAGGAGGCACUAUUUCGAUACUAUCUGUGAGCAAAAGCUCUGUGAUAUCAUCAUUGGGUGAGGUAGAAGCUAAUCAACAGGAGGACACAAUAAAUUGUUUUGCUCUUGGUAAUGAUGACACGAAUAUACUUACUCACCACAAAAGUGGAUUGUUCAAAUUAUGGGAUUGGAAAGAUAAUAAAUUGAUAAAAUUAUGGAAAUCUAUCCACAGAGGACCCGUAACACGAAUAGCUUUUUCAAAUAAUGAUGUCUUAAUGGCAUCUGGUGGAAGUGAUAGUGCUGUCAGAUUGUGGAACUUGCAACAUCACACUUGCACACAUCAUUUCAAAGGACUGCAGGGAGUAACUAGUGUAUUAGAAUUCCAUCCAGAUAUUACAAAACAACUUCUUUUCGGCGCUGGUGAUGACACAAAGAUUCAUGGUUGGGAUAUUAAUACUGGACAAAAAAUGGUUACUUUAUCUGGACAUUUUAGCAAAGUUACAUCUCUUAAUUUCCAUGAAAAAGAAAAUUAUUUAGUUAGUUCAGGAAGAGAUAGAGUACUAAUCUUGUGGGACAUAUCAUCUGGAACAUCAAUACGCAUUUUACCAGUAUAUGAAGGAAUAGAAGGAGCAUUUAUAAUACCAUUCAAGUCAUUACCAGCAUUUAUUAAGUUACACAGAAAAGAUGAUAUAUAUAUUGCUUCAGGUGGUGAAAAAGGCGUUGUUAAAAUCUGGGAAAUGAAGUCAGGCAAGCUGAUUUAUACGCAAGACAAUUCUUUGGUAUCACCAGCUAAGGAAGAAGGGAGUUUAUCAAUCACCCAUUUACUUUACAAUAAUGUUCAUAAGAUUUUUGCAGUAGUGUCUGUCGAUCAUAAUAUUAUCAUUCAUUCAUUAGAAUUGUUUGAAUGCAAAAAGCAGUUGGUAGGUUAUAGCGACGAAAUUCUAGAUGUUGCAUAUGUUGGAGCUAAUGACAGUCACAUUGCACUCGCGACUAACAGUUGCGACAUAAAAUUUUACGAUAUUGCAUCUAUGAAUUGUCAAUUAUUGUGUGGUCAUAGUGAUAGUGUUUUGGCCUUAGCUACGACUCCGGCGAAUGUAAAUUUACUCAUAUCAUCAGCUAAGGAUAAUAGUGUUCGUGUAUGGCUAUUUGAUAAAGAAACAACAAGAAUGUCUUGUAUUGGACAUGCUAUUAGGCAUACAGCAUCAAUCAGUUCUGUUGCUAUAUCUCAAAUAUCAACUACAUUUUUUACAACAGUUGCUCAAGAUUCAUGCCUAAAAUUAUGGGAAUUAUCUAAUAAUCUCGAAUCACAUAAGCAAGAUUUGUCAUUAAACAUAAGCCAUACGAUAUUAGCACAUCAAAAAGAAAUGAACUGUGUAACCAUUUCGCCGAAUGAUAAAUUAAUUGCUACAGCAUCACAAGAUAAAACUGUUAAGCUGUGGUCUGCUGAAGAUUUGCAAUUACUCGGAGUGUUUCACGGUCAUCGAAAAGGCGUAUGGUGCGUUCGAUUCUCGCCAGUUGAUCAAGUGCUUUUAACAACAUCUGCCGAUUGUACAAUGAAAUUAUGGUCCUUGACAGAACUCAAUUGUCUAAAGACCUUUGAAGGACAUGAAUCCUCCGUUUUAAAGGGAGAGUUCCUGUCACAUGGUAUGCAGUUAAUUACAUCAGGUGGAGAUGGUCUGUUAAAAUUGUGGAAUAUUAAAACAUCUGAGUGCAUAUCUACUUUAGACCAACAUGAAAGUCAUGUUUGGACCCUUGUGGUUGCUAAAGAUGAAAAACACAUCAUCAGCGGAGGUAGCGACUCAUUGCUAAUCAUUUGGAGAGAUGUAACUGAAGAGAAGAAGGUGCAAGCUGCAAAGGAAAAAGAGCGGCUCGUGUUUAAAGAGCAAAAGUUGACCAAUUUACUAAAAGCUGAAGAGCUUCAAGCUGCGCUGCGAUUGGCUCUAAAAAUGGAACGCCCGUUGCAAGUUCUUAAAAUUAUAGAAGCUAUAUUGCAAAAAAGAGAUAACGAGCUUGUAGAAAUAAUAAAAGAAUUAAAACCAGCUCGCAAAGAAGCCUUACUCAAGUGCGCAAUUAUAUGGAAUACAAACAGCCGGAAUUCGCAUGCUGCUCAGAUAGUUAUAAACGCUGUAAUGGCAGAAAUCGGGACUCAGGAACUACAGAUACCAGGCUUAUCUUCUACUUUAGAAACUAUGAUACCUUAUACCGAUAGACACUUUAAAAGAUUGACAAAACUUUUGCAAGAUCUUCACUUAUUAACAUAUACUGUUAAUCGUAUGAAACCUGAUAUUGUAUCAAUUAACACUAAUUAAGUUACAUGAUACAUA